AUGUUGCCAAGUCAAUCUCAAGGAAUUGCUACCUAUCGGCGAAUUCAACGCGAGUCCGAUUCGCUCCGAGCCCUACUGGAUCCAUGCAUAUUGGCGGACUGCGCACAGCACUUGUCAAUUUUAUGUUUGCCCGGAAGACCGGGGGUAAAUUUAUCCUCCGAAUUGAAAACACUGAUCACGUAAAUAGACGUUGUUCUUAUGUUUGAAGUCUAGAUAUUCCGAUGCUGCCUUGAAGGAUAUAUUCGAAUGCUUGAGCUGGAGCGGAUUGGAACCUGAUGAAGGCCCUGUCACCGGCGGAUCUUGUGGUCCGUAUGUUCAGGUACACAAUUACGCCUUUUCAGUUUAGAAGAAAAAUUAUUCGGAAUGAGGUAUACCCACCGCUACUCCUUCUUUUUCCCUGCAGUCCGAACGAAGAGACAUCUAUCGACAUUAUGCGGAACGUCUUCUCAAGUCCGGGCAUGCUUACCGGUGCUUUUGUUCUCUAAAUCGACUGGAGGUGCUCAGAAAAGAGCAGCGAAGGCGCGGUGAAACUAUCCGCUACGAUAACCGCUGCCGUCACCUCUCUGAGGGCGAUGUUCAGCGAGCGAUGCAGGACAACGUGCCCUACGUUAUCCGCUUCAAGGUUAGCUGAUUUUCUCUAAGUCGGACGUUUUUGCGUCCCCUUUCAGAGUAUGUGGUUUUCUUUGUGCAUUUCGCUGCCCAACUGCAUCAUUCGUUUUCCUUUUCCCCAAAACCACUUACUCACUCACUGCGUUGGAUAUUUCUUUUCAUGGCUUUUGACCAAAUUGCAUCAGGACUGGUUUCCAAGUGUACCUUGGUCACUCACAGUUUGGGUUCGUGUGCAUUCCGUGGUGCUGAUUGAGCAUCCUUCAUAGACCAGAUUCGGAAACCUCGGAAAACCUGAGGUAGAUAUGCAAUCUCAAAGUGGACAGGAUGGAUUGAGUACACAUUGUUGGUGGUUGGGGUGACAAUUGACGGGACGUUGAGAGUAUUAUUACUGGUGGUGAGGGUUGGCGAGAUGGUAUUCGUCGUUGUCGUCGCGGAGGUUGUGGCAGUGAUGAUAUCGGUGAUCGACGGCGGCGGCGGCGGCGGGCCACGGGGAUUCUGAGCAUCGGUGGUGACGGUAAACGCUUUAGGGGCUAUUUCAGGAUAGGUCGAGGAGGCAGCAGUUGGGGUUCUCGGGCAGCCGACGCAUUGAGUCCGGAGAUGUCCGACGAGGGCGACCCGCGCGCGGAAUGUUUCUUAAGAGCGCUGUCAUGUUCGGAGAGGUUGGGAUGUUGGCGUUGCGAGGCAAGGGCGCCUGAGACUUGCGAGUUGCCUUUUUGGCUUUGGCAGCGGAGAUUACUGCCCCAGUUUUCACCCCUUUUCUCCAGACCGGUUAGUUAUGCGUGACGUGUUGCCAAGUCUUCGGGUCGAUUUGCAGUCGCGUCUAGGAGUCCUCUAAAGUGUCCUUGUAGCGGCGGGUUUAACCUCCCUGUUGCCAGGCACCCGUGGCGAUAUCUCCAUAGAAGAUUUGUUUUGGUAGGCGUUAAUCGCCCACCUUACGAGUUAGCCGCUCCGUUUUAGUUGCAGUUGUUCCAGCAUGGGGUGAAUGCUGAGGAUUCCAGUCCGCUCCGAAACGUUGUGUCUGGGAUCCUGUCCUGCCAUUUCGGCUUUAGUAUCAGUCGGAGACAACUGAAAUGAAAGUAAUUGCACUUCUACGCCUGUUCCGCAUAAACUGUUCAUACAGCACCGUACUGCAGCGUCGGCAAGAUGACAGCAUGUUAAAUCUUGAGCUUGGUGUUGAGUUGGAGACCGUGGCGAUUUCAUACGGGAUUCCGCAACCGGCCGAAGGCUUUGAAGGUCUGGUGACCCACUUCAUCGUCGAUUUCAUGCCGCAUGAGUGUGCUGCGUAAGUAGGCGAAGUUGUCCACUUCCUCUAGUUGGGUACCGUUGACGUGGAUGCGAGGAAAACUAUAUGCGGCGCUGGGUGACAGUUGAUGCAUGACCACCGUUUUGUCCAUAUUAAUGACAAGUCCGAAGUUGGCGCAGCCGGAGGUAAAACGGUUCAUGCUUCUUUGCAUGUCUGCUUCUGUUAUCGCACUGAGCGCACAAUCAUCUGCUGAGAGCAGGUCAUGGAUAGUAACCGUGGAGAGGCGUCUCAAUCUAUAGACUUCGUCCGGGAUCGCGUCGGAUCUCUGCGCUUUCCCACUGUACAGCUGCUUCAAGGUUCUACUUGGUUCUGGGAGGGUAGAGAGGAGAUCCAGGUCGUUGUCCGUUUCCCCUUGAGGGAGUCGGCCGAUGGCGGCGUGGAGGGCCGUAAAUUGACGUUUAAGGGCGCUUCUGAAGUGCUCGACCCAGCGCUUCAUAAUUUGUGAGCUUUCAAUCAGAACCGUUGUUCCGUUGGAGCUGAGAAGCAGGGCGGUCCCUUGGACUUUGGGACCGUAGACCGCCCUGAAUUAUACGAAGAAGUUCUUUGCUUCUUUGUGGUCGGCCUACUCCUGUGUUUCCUUGGCCUUGCGAGUCAUCCAGGCUUCAUGCAUCUUCCGUAGUGGUUGCUGCACAAGGCGGCGAUAGCCGAAGAAGGUCACCUUGUUUACGUCUGUCCGACAGCCAGUGUAGGUCUUGUGCAGCCCGUCCUUUUCGGCGAACAGGUUGCGGAUGUUGUCGUCGUUGUCGAACCAGUCCUGAUGCUGGCGAAGUGCGCGUUCGAGGGCGUCCAAGGCAGUGGAUAGGAUAACAUUUCGCAGUUGACACCACCAAGUCUCCACAGUGUCAUUGUCGUCCGGAGCCGGCAGCUUUUUCAGGUGAUGGGCUAAGUGAUUGCUGAAAUGUAGGCGGUGAACGGACAAAGUAGACAGAAGAGAACAGUAUUUAACUUACCUCGUGGUCACUCACCUUGUGGUCUCCUGUGGGGUUACAGUCGAAGUCUCAUCUCGAUGAGUCGGUGAUCCGUACAGCUGUCGGCGUUACAGAUAGCCUUGGUCACCAGUGCGUCCUGUCGAUCUUUCCCCGAAAGAGAAUGUAAUCCGGCAUCUGCCAGCUCCGCGAUCGGGGGUGCAUCUAGGUUGUCGUAUUCCGCAUUUGAAGGCGGGAGCAGGUGUUGGUCAGGAGGAAGCGGCGUUCUGCGCAGGUUCACAGAACUUACCAGCUGCACAGUCAUGCUCACGCCUGGCUGUCCUCGUACCCGUCGUCGUGCCAGCCUUUUACGUCAUCGCCAUAUUUACCGAUUACCCGAUCCGUUGACUCUGGUAACUACUGUUAUAGAAGUGCCAGACUCCAUCAGAUCCCAAUUCUCCCAUUUCACUUAUGCCGGACUCGCGUGCUUUAACUUCUAAUCUUUGAUCCACUCGCAUCAGCCGCAACCUGUUUGUGCACGAAAGUUUACUUUGUAGGAGUGCUCGGGUCUGACCCUUGCUCAUGCGAACGAAGUCACACGUCCAAACCCCCACAACGACUAAUUUCGCUGCGUUUUGCGAGGGAAAGGCAUUGCCACCAAACAUUGCUGUUUUCCAAUAUGCUACCAGCUCAAACCCCUCAUAUUUCUGCCCUGGCGGGCUCUCAGUGUAGUGCCAGCUAAUGCAUUAAAGCGCUGGCUGAUACGGAUUUUCCGAUGGGUCAGCACUGUCUAGGGUUUGUUACUGAGGAAUUUUAGAAAUCUUGACCUUAAUUUCCCUGUCGUCUCACAGCUGUCUCUUUUUCGACAGGAUAUCACAGUGUCUGGUGGGAGUUCUGGCAAUUGUUUUUGAUCAAAAUUUCUGCCUUUCAAAGUCAGCGAUUAUAACCCUUCCUCGAACGUUGAUCCACUCCACAGGUUUCUCUCUCUCCCACUCAAUUGUUUUUGUGCUUUUCCCUUACUGUGACAACGGCGCAUGAGGUCGGAGCUUCUCCCACAAAUAUAUUCUGAUUUUGUAGCUUUCCCCGGUUCCGACGACCUUGCACGAUGUUGUGUUUAACGAUGUUGACUUUCCCAGUUCAGACGCCGAAGGUGACUUGGUAAGAAAAUUGCUUUUUCAGAGCUAUUUACCCACUUAAUAAGGUAGACCAAACAUUGCGAAGGCUUAGUCAGCGCUGGUGAAACUAACGUACGAAAUGUAGGAAAUAAUAGCUUGCUCAAUCGAAGUCUGGCAGUAUGUCAACUCUGGGGUCAUCGAGCCACUCUGCUCAGUCAAGAAUAUCCCACUCAAACAAGCACUCAUGCCUGGAGAACAAAUUUAUUUGAAUAAUACCGCCUAAAACCGCCUCACUUAUUCAUUCCCGAACUACAGUUAUGUCCUUGUGCAUGUACUUGGAAAAUUCGCCAAGGUUUUGACUUCGACGGCGGCAAGGUCAUAAUUGCUCCUUUUGCUCGGUUUUGCCCAUCUCACUUCAUCCUUGAGUCUCAUAGUUCUUCCGAACGCAUGUCUCGAUUUCAUGUGUUUUGGGAUUUCUCAUGUAUUAGCUUCCUCGACCUAGAACUGUUCCUUUAACAAAUAACGCAGGCUUCCGGAAGACCCCCGUUAGAUCCUCUACAUCCUUUCGAGAGACAAAAUUUUUUUGCUUAUUCAGAUUCGUAAAAUGGCACAUAUUUUAAUUCAGCCCUGACACAUACGCCGGCGGUAGUCCUGCUUGUUUUUGUUCUCUAAAAUUGAAUAUUUAUCCAGGCUUCCAAUACCAUGAGAAAUUAGGAGCGAUUGUUAACUUGUCAGAACUUUCGUUCUAAGAACACGCUCCUCAUUGAAAUUUCCCUUUGUGCAAUCAGAAGGAGCCUCACUGAAUCGUAGUUAACUAGGUUUGCGCCUCAGGAUUUACGCUGGCAGCUACAGGUUUGAGCAAGACUGGUUACCAUGCUUCGUUAACCGUUGCAUCUGCGGUCUGUCUGACUCUGCUUUGACAGUGGCACAGGGCAGAACAAAUAGAACAAAUAUUGCACGAAUCCAGAGCUUACUUUCAGCGCUACAAAUAAUCCGACCACUUUAAACUAUCAGUGCGCGCCCACCUUCUUGGCUUGAAAGAUUGCCGAUUGGUUGGGCUACCCAGUUUUUUUCGUUCUGAUGGUUGAACUAAUAUCUCCUUAAUGAGGCCUUUAUGGCAACUUUAAUUCAGAUUCCCGAGACCUCAUUUGUAUUCCGCUUCGUGUGUGAGUCUGUGCUGCGAGAUCCGAGCCGUCCUUAAAGUGGCCUGAUCAAAUGACCAGAUGGUGUGCGGUAUGGCCAUACUGACUGUUUUAGCCUUGCCAGCUACUACACCCAUUCACACGGCCGGUUAGUCGUUGUGCUCAGACAUUUGGCCGCUGCAUGAGAGAGAGGUUGGGAACUCCGUCUCCACGACAAAUUAACCCAUUCUACACUAUAACAAGUCCGACGCGUUAAGAGUCGUGUUUUGGAAGACCUCCAACUGACACCGUAACCCUGUCCCCGCUCAGAUUAUAGUGGAGCGACUAGAGGACCGAGAGUCGGGCUCCACUUGGUCCCUCUCAAUGUGGUAUUUAUGGCAUUAUCACCUGUUUGAGAUCUGAACCAUCCCUACAGUGGCCUGGCUCAUCCAGUGGGGAUCAGGUAGUGUUUGACACGCAUAAACGGACCGUUUGGCCUUGCCGUCCACCACGUCCGCACCCACCUCCGGUAGUCCUGGUGUUUCCUUGCCACUGCUGCAAGGUGGGUUAGGGAAGCGAGUGCAAUAGAUGCUGUGAAAGUCUGCCUCACCAUAUAAUCAUUCACAUGCAAGUCACCGGUUCUGUGUCCACUCUAUGGAGCACGAAGUGGACGUAUUCGCUUGCGACGGGCAGACUGUCACUGCAAGCUCAUACAGGAGAUAUUCCUGCGUCUGUAAUGGUGUUUAGUGGUUUUGUCGUCUUUUCUUGGGCUGCUGCUUCCAGUGUAGUCGACGAGCGCAUAAUUUCAUUUAAUAAUUGUCAGUCCAAUUUCAGUCACUUUAAAUUCCUUCCAUGAAAACCGUGUGUGUUCCAGUUCUCUUAUAUCCUCUAAAGGUGGGGAACAUCAUUUUCUGUUAGCCAUCUAACAGAAUUUGCGAUCGGUUUAUGUCCGGGAAUACCAUGUAAGCCUAAAAGUCCACGUCGGUUGCCUCUUGUCUAUCACCUACAGUACAUUAAUGCUAAUAGUUAGGGUUUAAGUUCCAACCCUAGAUUUUGGCAGCAUCAGCGUCCCCUGCAUUUCCAUUCAUACCCAUCCUGUUUUACCUACUAGGUCAUCAUAAAAUCGGAUGGAAUGCCCGUCUACCAUUUUGCCAAUGUUAUCGACGAUCACCUGAUGGGCAUCACUCAUGUGAUACGUGGUUCCGUAAGUUUACCUUUCGUCUUGUAUCACUUUCUACGUUUCCUCACCCAAAAUGCUACCUAUGAGAUUCCUGGCUACUGAAUACCCGAGAAUAUUUUGUUUGGUUUUAACUAACUAAUUUGCACCAGAACAGUAUCGACUUGUUAAGCUUAGGCUUUGGCGACCUACGGAAUUUAGCUUUGGGUGAAAGAGACAGCCAACUCAGCUAGUUUGUCUAUCAUUAUUGCCAAAAUCUCGGUAUCCUAUAGUUGCCUCCGACAAUUGCGUUUUCAAUUUGUUAUUGUCUGUUUCCAAAGGAAUGGAUCACUUCCGUGCCUAAGCAUCUGCAAAUUUACAAAGCUUUCGGUUGGAGCCCACCGACUUUUGCACACCUGCCACUGAUGCUUUCAAGGUAUUUCGUUCACCUCCCUUCCUUUGCUUCUUGUUAAAGUACGUUUGAUGCCUCAGAGUUGUUUUUGUGUUUUUCCGCCACAAACCCGCGUCUUCCAUUCAGUCUGAUUUCUGCUGAGAAUGUUUUCACUGUGCCUCAGCGUGAAAUUCGUUCUUUUAAACUUAUGUCAACAACUUUUUUCACGGUGCACCACUGCGGCAAGUUGACAGUCAGAAGGACUUGGGUGUGUGGAUUACGUCUUCACUCAAACCAACACUGCACUGCGCGAAUGCGGCUAAGUCGGCUAUGGCUACAUUGCAACUCAUUAGGCGAGCCUUUAUGGGAUUUGACACUGACAGCUUUUCCAACAUAUUUGGCACCUUCGUGCGGCCUCAUCUAGAAUGCCCCACACAGGCAUUGAGAUUUUGGACUUUCAAGGACUAUACACUCUUAGAGAAGGUACAGAGAUGGGCGACAAAAUUUACGAAAGGUCUGAAAGCACUGCCCUACGAGACCAGGCUGGCGACUCCCAACCUGUUUCCCCCUUCCUACAGGCAACUACGCGGUGACCUUAUACUUACAUUCCGCAUUAUAAACGGCCUAGGCUGUUGUUUAGAUCCCAGUGAUUACUUCGCUCAAGCUAACACUCCUACUUUGCGCGGUCAUCCCCUAAAACUACGCACAGAUAAAGCAAGGAUCAAUGGACGAAAGUUCUUUUUCAGUAACAGAGUGGUUGCAACGUGGAAUGCCCUGCCUACUGAUGUUGUACUCUCUUCUGUGGACUCAUUUAAGUGUAGACUCGACGCGUAUCAAGCUUACCGAUUGCAAGCCACACACUCAGUCACAUAACCCGCCACCCAACUUGCAUAUGUUUAUACUACUUACAAUGAGCGAGUAGCCGUUAGUGAUCACUAUUUUUCGAAUAGCUGGAAACUGCCUGCCUUUCACAUGCAAUUAUGCACAAAAUAUCUUUUUCAACUUUCCACUUAUCAGUGCCCAUUUCAAACGAUUUUUAACCAAUAUGGAUUUCAAUGGCGCUCGCCUGUAUUUACCUUAAUAAAACUUAACUGAACUGAACUCGUUUAACAUCAAUUUGCAUGCACCGAGUAUUUUACUUAACCCGGCGAAAUUUAACGAUGCCCCAACAAACCGGAGUUAUUACACCAAGGGCGCCCUCAGUGUACGUGCUGGCUGGAAGUCAGCCAGAUCUGUCUGGGAUCUUCGCCUGCUCGCGCUGGACGGAGCUUCCCAUCGUAUUCAAGCCAAGCAUAUUUAAAUGCUUCGAGUGAUUACUGCCUGCUGAAGUCCCGGCCGAAACAUUACAUUUCUUUUGUGAAAUCGAGCUACUAAAAAUCGUUCCGCGUUUCUGUGUAGAGCUGCGAAAAGCAAAAUGAGUAUAGGUUUAGUUAUCAUGGCUUUCGUCCGAAUGUUCUUCUCUUUCCAGGCUAAACUGUUUGAAGGCACUGGAACUCCUCGACCAGCCUUUUGGUUUAGGGCCUUUAUGUAGGUAUCAGUGUUUUUCCCCAGAUAAUGGAGCAAAAUUAUUUGUAUGCGUCGAGUGGCACAAGUCUGCAAUCCAUUGGCAACAUUUCUUUUCAACUUAACACAUUUCAGCUCCGGGAAGAAGUUUUCUAAACGCCUGUCUGAUCCGCUAGACGUGAGUCUUGUUUCUAAUCUACGACAGGCUGGCUACCUGCCAUCCGCCAUUCUUACUUGGAUCUCAGCCACAGGAGGCCUCUUUGCCCCACCGUCCGAAUCCGAUUUCCCCAGUGCGAAUACCGUUUCCCAGCAGACUUUACACAGUCACACUCAAUGGGAGCCCGGAAGGCUCAUUGAAGAGUUGCUCCCAUUUGUAAGUCCCUUCGACUUUUUGACCUCUAGAAUGUGUAUUGUGUCUAUUACUUAGUUCUGCGUGUGAUAUGGUACAGUUGGCUCUCUUUCUCGACUGUUUUUGUCUAUUCCACUGCUAACCGAACUAACCGCUGUUUUUAGUCAAGCUGUGACUUAUCGCCGCUCUUCUUUGUGAUGCCUCUGCGCUGGCCUAUCAUGCUUUACAGCAUCUCCCCCCAUGUAUAUUCUGCAAAAGCCUUUCCGCUUAUGUGAUUUCUCUGUCGAUGAUUAUUGUGUUUUGCAGUCUGCAUUUUUCACCCUCCGUGUACUGGCACCGAAGUAACGUACUUUGAAUUUUUCAUUCUUAUCAAUCUACAGUUUGAACUGUCCUCUCUUGCACGCCAUCACGCCCGUGUCAGUCUUCCUCUCCUACAACAGUGCGGGAGAGCACACUUUGACCGUUUUGUGGAAAAAGCCCUACUAAAUUCUGGGGAGGAGGAGGAGUCUCAGCAACCUGAAAGCGAGGUGAACAUCUGUCACCAAGUGCGCUCCUUCCUCAGCUCGGCACUCGCUAUAUCACCUAAGACGUCCAUGUAAGUUUCAGUCUUUCAAUUGGGUUUACGCACGAGGACUCCUUUUUGUCAUUUUGGUUACCUUGCCUUCCUGACAGGUUUGUGAGAUAUUUGAAUUGCCGUGAGGGUAUCAUUUGAGUCUAGACGGGCGCCAAAACUGCUUGUCAAUAGUGGAUUACUCACUAUCUUCCCCUAGUUGGCCUGCUUUAGGCCUACUACUGUGAGAGUGCGAUCAUUCUGGCUAGGAUCCAGCACCUGGUUUACUGGCAAUAAAUAACCAUAGUCGUUAUUUUGAGGUUACCAACUGGCAGGGGAUAACUCGGCUUUCCUCUGGACUGAGGCUCAGGCAGCAGUGGUGUUUUCUAAAUGUAGUCAUUAUGGCGCUGCCACCUCUGUUUUACCCGAGGCUCCCUCAUUGAAGAUCGGUCUGUGAGAAACUAGGGACCAGCACAGUUGCGAUAUGCAUAGCCCUGGAUUCAGCCUUGCUGGCCACUGUACCCGCGCCAUCUAAUGCCGUUUUGACUCUGUCUUUCUACUUAAGCAUGGCAGAUGCGGAGGGUCCGAGUGAGCAGGUGUGACGAAGGCCUACCUCACUGUUGGCCUCUUCACGCGCAAUUUACCAACGCGCUGGCAGCAGCGAUAGACAGAAUAUCACUAAGGCACCAGAACUGCAGCCAUAGGUCCAGUGUGAAGUUAGCUAUCCUCCGUUUUUUCUUAAUGCCUCCUGUCCGCCAUUUUUCGCAGCUGUCCUCUUCUGGGGGAUGACAAGUGGCUGGCACAAAUGCUCUGGCGUUUGCGAGGCCGCGUCUCCUGUCUGUCUGAUCUCAGUGGGGAAUUCAGGUUCCUCUGGCUAAGGCCAACCGCCGACUGCAUCCUCGCUGCCAGUCCCUCCCUCCAUGCCCAAAGAUGUCACACCGAGAGCUGGUCCACCUUUACGCAAUCAGUACUUGCACUCGCGGCUACCCUGGAUGCCAUGAAAGGCCACGAUAACGUCAAGGAGGGUGACUUGGCUGCUUUGCUUGAUGGUACAUUUGACUGGGGAGUUCUACCGAAGAAGUUAACCAUGAAAGCCUUGAGGGCCUGCCUGACGGGCUCUGAAGUAGGUUGCUUUUUGUUGGACCAUAAGCUCUUUGACUUGCCUAUCGCUCUUCUAACCACUUCAUGCCGCAUAAGAUGUAUGCAAUUUAGCCUGAAAGUUUCCUUGGGAAUGCUUUUUUUCAUAAAGUUCUUUUGUCUCUUUGUCCGACCUGUGUUAAUGUUCGACUAUUUACAGUGGUAAUUCUGUCUAGAAGGAGCAUCCACCUUAAGCGUUCAAGAUGAUCAAUUUCCUUCUACCCUUCAACGAAUCGUGUUUCCACAGAUUUGAGUUCCCUAGAUGAUCUGACUUAUCCUUUGCCAUACACACAUGAAUUUGAUUUCCAUUCUGAAAUUCUACAAAUCUAACGAGUUGCUUCUCUUUUUAAAAGUAGUCUAAGGGGUUCAAUGGAUUUCGCCCUUCUAAGUAUGCCAUGGCUAACUUCGAUGCUGUAGUGGGCUCGAACCGCGCGACCUGGAAUGUAGUGCUUGCUUGUUAUAGAAUGUGUUACUGCAAUAGGGAUCAAUUUCUUUGUCCUAAUGCUUGCGCAGGUCGUAGUUGCUUUGUUGAAGUCACCUUUCCCGGUUGGAUCGACUUACAGCAAUAUGCCCAUCAAGUUGACUGACAGGUCAUCAGUCAUGAAGGUUUGAUAGAAGAAAAGGUUCUACGGGUGGGAACUGUAAGUAGUCAAACCACAGACUUGGAAUCGCAUAACGACAAAAAUUGUGUAAGCACCGUUUAUUUACCUAAGCCCAUUAAUCCUCUACGGAACGACUACCUUUCAUGCACUUGUACUUGCUUGUACUUGGUACGGCUGCGAUCUUGACUGAUAUAGCCGGCCUCGAUGAUGUCCCGAACAGUACCUCUCCACGCCCGACUAUCCGCGGCAGCAGAUUUAGACAGUUCAACCCAUUCUCUUCGCCAACGACGGAGACCGAAGAUCCAAGAACCACUUCCAUGCCUUGACGAACUGUGUCGAGCCAGGUUUUGAGUUGACCCCCUCCUCGACGCCUCCAAUGGGGUGGUGGUGCGGAUCGAGGGCAGUUACACUGAGUACCUGAGGUGGACGACGAAGAACAUGCCCAAAUCACCUCAGUCGCCUUUCUUGGAUGGCCUGGGUUAUCCUUGCGACGUUGUCGCAACGAGCGCAGACUGUCUCAUUUGAGACGAAGUCGGUGUACUCCACUCGAAGAAUGGUCCUCAAGCAGUGGUGGUCAAAUACCUCCAGUUUUCGCUCGUCCUCCACGCACACAGCCCAGCAUUCACAACCAUAGGGCAGGACAGACCGAACAGAUGCACGGUACACGUGAAUCUUAGUGGCGAUGGAGGUGUCGCGUCGGAUCCAUAGACAUUUUCUAAGGCUUGAGAAAACCCGUCGGGCAGCAGCAAUUCGGGAGACAAUGUCGUCCUUACUCUGCCCAUUCGGCAGCAGCCUCGCCCCGAGGUAUUUAAAACAGCACUUCUUUAAGUUGGUAGCCAUCAAUCCCGUGAGCUGCCAUCUCCUGGUCAGGGAUGUAGCUUGAAAACACAUUAGUCUUCCCAGCGUUUAUGGAUAAACCGACUGAUUUAGCGACCUCGUUCACCCUUGACACCGCAUACUGGAGAUAAUCAAAACUUGAAGCGUGCAAGACAAUAUCAUCGGCAUAGUCGAGGUUAAUCGGGAUCCGAGUGCAAACUCACCAUCGUCACCUUCGUGUACGACUCUCCCGAGAAUUCAGUCAAUAACCUAGUUGGACAGAAUGGGCGACAAGAUACAAUCCUGUCGAACGCCAGAUCGAAUACCAAGGGUUGGGAAGGAUUGUUGCGGACCAGGACUCGCGCGGCUGUGGGGCGGUUAUAGGCCUUGAUCAUGGCCAUGAUUUUUGGCGGUACACCAUCUGGUGCCAUUAUCUUCCAUAGGAACUCACGAUGGACGGAAUCAAACGCGACGGCAAAGUCAACAAAGCAGACGGCCGCCGGUUGUUGAUAGUUAUGACAAAAUUCGAGAAUGCGCCUUAGCGUGAGCACCUGGUCCGCGCAUCCACGUUCAGUACGAAAUCCGGCUUGGUUGGGCCUCGUCCUAGUGUCACGCACAGCCUGGGAUCGCUUAAAUAGGACAACAGUGAAGUUCCUCACAGCAACGUCAAUUAGGCUUAUGCCGCGGUAGUUAUCGCAUCCUGUCUUAUCUCCCUUCUUGAGGAUAGAUACAAGGGUGCCUAAGCCACAGUCCUCUGGAGCAACCUCGUUUUUCCACGCCUGUUCAAUCACUUCUGGAGCCAGGACGCCAAAGUGUCGACAAAAGACCUGCAGAUUUCAGCGGGUAUACCGUCCUCUCCGAGUGCCUUGUUGUUGCGUAGCUUUAGUAUGGCAUCGGCGACCUCUCCAUUCUGUAACGUGUUGUCUGGCAUUGUCCUGCUGAUGGAGGAGACGUUUUCUGUUAACCAUCCUUGGUUCCUAUGCUCAGUUUCUUGUUAACCACUUCUAGUCCGCCACUACACGACCGUACUGUAAUCACACUACCAGAUUCUGAGAAGGUGUAGGGGAUUGAUCAAACGGUGACUUUUGUCUGAUGAUUGUCAGGCUUCGAUAUGGCUCUAGGAGGUGCGCCUCCCUCACGCCACGGCCCUCAGUUUUCUCUGUUGUAGCACAAAAUUCGUUUUCUGGCCUAAAAAUUCGUGUCAAAGCGAAAACGUACUUUCAUCCUCAUCUGGUGUCCCUUUACUUUGUGAGGUACCCACUGGCCAGGAUUUUUGUCUUUCCUCAAUUUGCAAGGUGCCAUAUUCCUUCGUUGGGUUUGCGCAGGCCCUUUAGUCUACCAUUUCCUUCAAGAAAUCACUUAAAGAACUUCAAGAUUGGUUAUUACGUAGGACAUGUUCAAGUCUUGCAUCUACGAACUAGAGCUUUGCGAACCAUUCCUAUCUUUUUCUUUGUUUCGAUGCGUAGUUGCCGAUACCUCAAACGAGCAAAAAAUUCGGAAUUAGUUUCUGGGUCCGCAUCUCACAGCGGACUUUUGUUGUGGAUCAGAGUCCCUGUGGACUUAUGCUUAUACCCGUCAAGAACGCAGAGCGAGAGAGAGAACGUAAAAUCCACGUUGUCUUAUCAUCCUGGGCUAAUUUCUAGCUAUGUUCACAUGAAGCCACCUUUCUCCAGCCAUGGAGGCGCUUGAUGCACUUCGUGCGACACCCCUCCGAUAUUUAGCGGCUAAGAGGACCGCCCUUAGUUAUGGUUUUCACUCUUUCAGACCGGUAUGCCAGUGGUCGAACUAAUUCUUCUCCUGUCGCCUCGGGAAGCCAGUCUUCGUCUUAAAACUGCCCUCACAGACCUCACGUCCAGUGUUUCAUCAUCGCCGGUUUCCUAA